UGUUUCCCGACGCGAGUCGAGCGGAGCCGAGUCCGAGCGGAGACGGACAUAUUCUGAACAUCCUCCAAAUGUUGAGCUCGAGUCGUGAAGUGCUGCUCUUGAGGGGGGGGCGAGGUUGAGAAGCAGGGAGAGAGAGAGAGAAAGAGAGAGAGAGAGAGAGAGAGAGAGAGAGGGGGAGCAGGCAACAUCCACACACACACACACACACACACACACAUUUUGACCUCUGAGAGCAUCCCGACAUCUCCUUGGCUCCAGUCGGCCGAGUGAAGAGAGAAAAAAAUCCACCAGGAUGGUGACCGUCAGUGUGAUCGUACUCAGCCUCCUGGCCACCGAAGUUCUCUCUGCCCCUGUGAACGUCCGUGAGGACUCCAUGACCUUGUUCCACGGGGAGGAUUUUCACAUCAUGCUGCCCUCGCUCGGGUCGGAGGUCACGUUUCGGAACAGGUCCGCUCCAAGGUCGCCUCACCUGGUCCUGAUGCGGGGCGGCGCUGUGAUCAACAAUCGGACUAAGCUCAACCGCCACCUCAGCCACCUCAUUAUAGAUGCAGUGGGUGAGGAAGAUGAGGGCGUGUACACGGUGAAGAAUCCAAAGAAGCCCGAGGAGAUCAGACACAUCAUGCUUAUAGUCCGAGAUUGCUCCAAUGAGGAGAUCAUUAAAUACGGAGACUCCUACCAUAUUAAACUGUCGGGGGUGACUCCUCCCAUCACCCUGGAGUACAGGCCCAUCGCUGUGGAGGCCAAUCAGACAUCCAGACCAGCUCUGGUACUGCUGACCAGUACAGGGAUGUCCAGGGAGGGCUACCAGGGUCGCAUCAGUGUCAAUGAGCACCACGUCAGCCUCAGUGCCGUGACGGGCGCAGACGAGGGUAGCUACACUGUCAGGGAUGCCGAAGGUGUUAUCCAACGGAAAGUGUGUCUCAACGUCAAGGAGCGGCAAAACUUUGUGACCCUGCCGUACGGGAAGAGACUGAAGAUCAACCUCAUACUCAACGUCUCCUUGAUCCUUCUCUACUACACCCCCAACUAUGACCUCAAACCCCAUCUGCUGCUGGACAAGGGAGAAUUCACAAGUGCUCAAGAGGAGCUGGGUCUCCAGGAUCGUCUCUCCUUGGAGGGUUCAAUGCUUUUUCUAGAUGAGGUCAAAGGUGCAGAUGCAGGCCAGUUCAAAAUCGUGGACAUACUGGGAUUCACCUUGUCCACCGUCUACCUGGAAGUAGACCCCUACAAACUGGAGUCUCUGUAUGUGGCCAUCAUUGCCCUGUUGGGCCUGCUGGUUUUCCUUCUGCUGGCUUGCCUGCUGUCCUGCUUAAUCAAGGUGAAGAAGAGGGCCAAUAGGGCUGCUGCCCUGAAAAAGAUUGCCCAGAGCACUGGCAAAGAGGACGAAGGGGAGGCCUUCAGACAGGUGGUGAAGAACAUCACCAAACUGAGCGAGGAAUCCAAACAUUCUCAGGCUGACAACACUGAGAAAUCUCAGAGCACAGAGGUGGACAUUAAAGGUCUGGAGGUUUCCUCUAAAGAGGUUGGAAUUGGUAACCUAGAGACCAGUGACUCUGGUGUUGGCUUUAACACUGCCCUCCCACUGGACACUGACACCGAUGCCCCUGAUCAAAUCCCUGACUCUGAGGCUGUAAGCAUCUCUGUUGCUACUGAAACCCAACCAAGUCCACCAUCUGCUGCUGAGUCCAAGCCAAGUGCUCCACCAGCUAUGGAAACCCAGCCCAGUCCGGUAGCUGAAACUAAAGCCAGCCCAACACCUGAGACCAAGAAAACCCCUGAUCUGUCUGUGGAAGCGAAGUCGGAUGUGGCCAAACAAGAAGUUAAGCUUAGCCCAGCCCUGGGCCCUGAACCCAUGGCUGGUCUGAGCCCAGCUGAUCCAAAGCCUGCAUCCAGCCCAAGCCCAGAGCCUAAACACGCUGCUCCUAAAGCCCCAACACCUGAAAGUAAGAGUGCCCUUACUCCCACACCAGAGCCGCCUAAACCAACCACACCGGAACCUAUCACCAACGGUGCACCUGAGCCAGGCUUGGAUUCCAAACCAACCCCAGAUCCCACUGAUAUUAUUGGAGCCUUAGGUCCAAAAGCAGCCCCUCCUAAAACCCCAGAGGUGGAGCGGAAAUCCGGUGGUGCCGUAAUAGAGGACGGCAAGGACGACGCUGUGGCUGAGGAUUCAACCACCACCUGAGAAUCGACCCUGCAUAUUCACACUGGAAGCCCAACAGAUCUACCACCACUGUAGACAAUCGAACACCCCCUACCAAAUAACGAAGACAACCACUGAAACUGGGGCGGGAGAGGGCUUUGGUUUAAAACACGUCUAAUGCCUGAACACAGUUUUACCUUGAUAAUGGUAUUUCACUUGUCUUUAACUAACAUAUAACCUUUGAGACUUUUUAAUUCAGAAACACUUAACAAAACAAAUGUGGCUUGUUGAUUGUUAACAUUUUUAGCUGUAAACACCUUGCUGGUGGUUUUUUUUGGUAACUUCACAGUAAAACUGCCAGACUUCAAAUUAAAUCCUUUGCUGAGUUUUCAACCUAACUGUUAACCACACAUAAGGUAUUCUCUAACAUUGUGAGGUAACAAGAAAAGGUUUACAAGUGUUUAUUAAAACAAGAACACACUAGAAUUUAUUAUUUGACCUUAACUAACCACCCUUGUCCUCUGUCACCAAAAUGAAAUUAAGAAAAAAAACCUUUUGAUUUCACAAACCACACUCUGUUGUUGGCAUUUUGUACAAAGCUGAAAUGUGGAUCUUAAAUGCUUGUGUCAGUUCCUCUGGCUUCAGAAACAUCUGCAAUACACCAUUACACGGAGCGAAAAGAUGAGUGUUGCAUCAUUUUAAUCACAUAACAAAAUGUUCUAAUAAUACUAACCUCACCAUUACUAGUGUCUGAGAUUGACAAUGACAGAGGCAAAAUUUGUGAAAAAAAUUGUACAUGUUAUGGCUAACAUCUUUAAAAUCUCCAAAAUAGCUCUAUGAGGCCUUUUUCAUUGCCAAACCAUUGUGUGUCCAGUUUGCAGGUAUGUUCAGUGAACACUAAUGAAUCUUAGUUGAAACUCUUGUAUGGUAAAAAAAAAAAAAAAGGAGGCAUGCACAUUCAGUUUUCAUGUGACAAAAUGCAUGUGUCUACCUCACGUUUUAGAACAAUUUGGACUGAUGCUCUGAAAUCACAAAAUCCUUUGAGGAAAAACACAGUAUGUCAGAAAAUGUUAAGAAGUGAAACCAACUGGCCUUUCUUGGUAACGUUCCUGAAUGAAUAGAUUUUUCUUACCGGUAAAUUGAUAACAGGCGAGAUAUGACACUUUCAGAAGCCAUAAGACAUGAUCGGUUUGGAUGUCAGAUUUGAUACUUAAAUAGAUAGCUCUAAUAUAUAAAGUAAAACUACCAACAAAAAAAAUCACGGUGCCUCUAAUUGAUAAACAUAAACAUCAAACAAUAAACAUUUUAUUAAAAAUGAGCAAAUGCAAUCUAAUGAUUAGAUAAUGAAAGAUCUCAUUUCCAGUCUGGACCUGUGAAGGAACCACAAACCAAUUUUGGCAAUACUGAAGAAGGUCUACAGACAUACAGUGUGUAUACACACACACACACACACGCACACAUACUUCAGCCUUGUAAAUAUUGCAUGUGUAUGCCGGUUUAACUCCCUGAAGGCUGAAUGUUUUUAGUGUAUAGAACAGUUGUUGUAUUAUAAAUAAUAACAAAAAAGAAAACUAAUUUAAAUUCUCACCAACCCCGAAUCCACAAUAUAGAAUAUAUAUACACUAUAUACUAUUUACACUAAUUUUCACUAACAUCUUGAAUUAAUUAAGCAACAAAUAUUGUUAAAAAAAGAAGCUUCAAGACUACAUUAGAUCUUUUGAAUGAAAUAUCUGCUUUUAUUGCCAUUCCAACCUGAUGAUUAUCACAACUCACAGUAUCUCUCACUGUAUUUACAUGUCGUAUGAAAACAUUUAACUUGUAUCACUUAAAGCUUUGACUGCAGCAUGCCCACACGUCCUGAACAACAGGCUUUUAUGUCAUGAACUUGUUUCUGUGUGACCAAAGUGUGUGAUGUUUUAAUAUUGCCAUCACUGUACGUUUGUUGGGAAUUUUGUAUGUUUACGUGUGUAACUAUGAUGCACGCGUGUACAGUAUGAGCGUGAAUGAUUUAUGAUUGACUGUGUGCUGUUUGUACAGAAUGAAAUGGCCGUCCUGUGUGUGAGCUUCUCCAUCUGUAAUGAGUAAGGUCCAUGUGCCUGCGUAAAUCGUGUUGCAAUGCUAAGAAAUGUGCUGAUUUGAAAUCCUAAGUGUGAAUGUGUUUAAAGCCACACUUUUAUUUUUAUCUCGAAAUAUAGCCUGUCGUAACUUUGAGAUAUUUGAGUGAUUCUGGUCUUUGUAUUUGUGCCUAAAUUUCUUCAGAUGUCGAACGCUGUUUUUACACCCGUGUGAGCAAAGUGAUGUCACUCACAGGCCUUUGAUACGCUAAUGUGUUGGAGAUGUGUGUGCUUAUUGUAUAAAAACCUUGAAAGUGACAACGAAAGUCCGACCUUCAAGUUUCCCAGAUGACGUGUAGCAUAAGGAACGCUGAGUGUGCUUUAUUUGUGAGUGAGGGUGUUGUUGUUCAGAGUAGGAGAGUGAAUUCUUGCGAGCAACCGAUAAAUGAAGACGAAUGAAGCUUUGAGUGAGAAACCCUGAGGGUUGUGUUAUCAUGAUCAACUGAUGCGAGACUGCUGGUACAGAAUCUUCAUGUACCACCACUACUGAAUAUUGUCAGUGAUUGUAAUAGUGAGUCGUGUGUUUGAGGGAGGUGGAUAGUGCAUUAGUGGGAGGAGCCUUUGGUUUACAUUACAUGUUACAUUUCAGAGAAGGCUCAGUCUAGUGGGAUCAGAGUGAUUUUAUCUAACAGGUGCCAGAGAGAAUUCUGGUUUUAUACCCACCUCUGAUAACUCACUAAUAGAAACCACUGUUAACAGCACAGGCACUUCUUGCACUAUGUGACAUGUCUCUGCCCUGAUCCACUCUGUUUACUUCUGCUGCUCUGCCGUGGGUGUAGUGUGACGUUCCCCAUGUUCCCCCUGUUCCCCCUGUCCUCCCCUUUUUUGCACAACACCUCACACAGAUGUUUUUGAAAAGAAUUUUUUUCUUUUCUUUAUUUCAUGUGUAAAGGAAUACUAAGAAUAAACAAAACAUUACGACA